CAACACAACAUGUGAUGAUUGAAUAGUUCAAGUACAACUUUCGAGGACUUAAUAUUUUUGUAAACAAUAUUAAGAAAACAAAACAAUUAAAUGUUGAAUCUCCUGAAUGUAAAACCUCGAUAACUGGAUUGACUAAUUAUUAAGUACACUUACUCAAACAAGGAAAAUGUCGUUCAAAGUGGCUAUAAGAAGUUUUAAAACUCUGAGUUAUGUAGGAAGUUACAAGAAAAUUAGAGAACGGAAUUUAAAGUUUUAUUGUGCGGCAGUAAUUGGUGCAGGUUACAUGGCAUAUCAGCAACACAAAAAUAGUAGUGCAGAUAUGAAAGAGUUAUUACAAUUAAAAAAUUAUAUGGCUGAGCCUGUUACACCCAUUAGUCAACUAGAAAAAAAUCCUAAUGAUAUGAAAACACAAAUGGAAUUGUUAAUAAUGAGGAUACAGGCUGAAUUCUGCCGAGCAUUGGAGAAGGAGGAGGAUGAGGCAUGGCUGGAUGAGAAAAUUGAUGAGGAUUUAGAUUAUGACGGAGACAUGUUUGUCCCACAUCCGGAAGCCAAAUUCCUGGUGGACAGAUGGACUCGCAAGGAAGGCGGGGGAGGGAUCACCUGCGUGCUCCAGGACGGCAGAGUGUUUGAGAAGGCUGGUGUCAACAUAUCUGUUGUGUCUGGAACCUUGCCACCAGCGGCUGUGCAGCAAAUGAAAACCAGAGGCAAGAACUUUGACAGCCAAGAGCUGCCGUUCUUCGCAGCCGGAGUCAGCGCGGUCAUCCACCCCCGUAACCCCAUGGUGCCCACUAUACACUUCAAUUAUAGAUAUUUCGAAGUUACCGAUAAGAACGGAGUGCAGUGGUGGUUCGGAGGCGGCACGGACCUCACGCCCUACUACCUCAACGAGGAGGACGCCACGCACUUCCACCUCACGCUGAAGCACGCCUGCGAUGCGCACGACAAAACCUACUACGGCAGAUUCAAGAAAUGGUGCGACGAUUACUUCUCGAUACCUCACCGGGGGGAGCGGCGCGGCGUGGGGGGGAUAUUCUUCGACGACAUCGACUCUCCCGAUCAGACCAGCGCGUUCAACUUUGUGACUUCGUGCGCUGAGGCUGUCAUACCCAGUUACAUACCCAUAGUUCAGAAGCACAAGGACGAUGCGUACGGGUACCACGAGCGCCAGUGGCAGCUGCUGAGGCGUGGCCGCUACGUGGAGUUCAACCUGAUCUAUGACCGAGGCACCAAGUUCGGCCUGUUCACGCCCGAGGCGCGAUACGAGUCCAUCCUUAUGUCGCUGCCAUUGAACGCUAAAUGGGAAUACAUGCACACACCCAAGCCAAAUUCAGCUGAGGAGAAGCUAAUGAAGGUAUUGAAAGAGCCCCGGGACUGGCUUCACUUGGAACAGGCUCGACAAGUGGCUUAGUUUGAGCUUGACUCAUUGACAUUGACUGGUGUGGGAUUAUGUUAUCACAAAAGAAAUAUUAUUAUUAUAUAUAAAUUAUUCAAAUGUUUUA